CAGAACCUGGACUCUGUUUCCCAUCAUGCACCAGUGGAGUCGCUCUGAGAUGCAGACAGGAGCCUCGGUCCCAGUGAUGUCCUGCAGCUCUGGGACCCGGACCGGUUCUGGAAUCACUCUGUGGGCUUGGCUGCUGCUUGGGGUCCUGGUGGUUCCUGGAACCUGGAGCUUUCUCGUUGAACAGGAGGAGGAACUGCUCGUGGAACUUCAUAACUACUACAGAGGGCAGGUGACGCCGGCAGCCUCCGCCAUGUUGCCGCUGAAAUGGGAUCCGGCUCUGAAACUGAUUGCUGAAGGCUACGCAGCCAAAUGUAUCUGGAACCACAACCCAGAACUGGAGGAAAUUGGAGAAAAUCUGUUUGCCAGCACCGGACCUCUCGACCUCCGAGAAGCUCUUGAGAAAUGGUUUCUGGAACGUCUGGACUAUGAAUACCACAACAACAGCUGUGAUGACGACCGAAUGUGUGGCCACUACACACAGAUGGUGUGGGCAGGGUCACACCGAGUGGGCUGUGCCUCCCAUGACUGUAACAGUAUGGAAGGGUUGGACUGGGACAAAACCUCAUUCCUGGUCUGCAACUACUAUCCAGCGGGGAAUUAUGAAGGUGAACGGCCGUAUGAAGAAGGAGACUCGUGUUCCAGGUGUCCUGAGGACAUGCAGAAAUGCGAAAACAACUUGUGUGUGGCUGACACUGUGGGGGAAGAGGAGGAGGAGGAGGAGGAGGAGGGAGGGACUGUUACUGCUUCAACAUUCAGCACCUCCUUCCAGCCUGAGGAGAAGGAGGAGGAGGACAAAGCUGAUCCAUCUCAACCCCUCCUGCAGCAUGUUCCCAGCGCCGCGCCCAAUGUUCUCACCAUCUCCUCUUCCUCAGGGAAGUCUGAGACGUCUCCACCCACAGCACAGCCUGUGCCGGGAAGACCGCGUCCAAACCUCCCCACCCUGUCCUGGAAGAAGAUUGAGAAGGAGGCAGCAUGGGAGAUGCCAGCAAAAAUGAACCAGGAUGAAAAACUCCAAACCAGUUGUGGUUCAGUGUUGUCCUCUUCCCUUGUUUUAGCUGGAAUGACUGGAGUCCUGAUCCUGAGGCUUUGAGGAGGAUGAGGACAGACUGGUUUCUAGGCCUUCAGACUUUUGAGGGACUCAUUUUCUAAAAAUGUAAAAAUGUGGAGGUUUUCAUUAAUUGAUAGGAAGUGCUGCAUCGUGUCUGGGGACGGGUUCGAGGACCGAGUGCUUCCUCUGUGGGCUGAAAUUAGAAUUCUAUGUCUUAUGACUGCCGUGACCGUGAGGCCAUGGCUGACUUUACAUUGUCCCAAAAAUUACCUCCUAUGUCCUUUCCUAAGAACCCCUUCACACAUAACACGACUGAAGCCGGCUGGCGUAUGAAGGAGGAAUUGCAUGCCAUUCGUGAAAAAUCAGAGCCGCCUCAAACGCCUCGUACAGCUGUUGCCACAACCAUUCGCACAGUGCAGUGUCUGAAAGAUAGAGAGUGCCCAGAAAAUGCCCAUUCGACCCCCUCUCGGCAGGUGUCGGCCAAAUUCCAGGUGCCACACAUUCAACACCUCUCACUGGGCACAUAGAAAAGGCGGAGCUAACAUGGCGCCAUUUUGGUUCCAACUGCGCUGAACUACUGAAUGAACCUUUUUGUUUUCAACAUUUUUUAAAUAAUUUAACCACAUACAGCAACACAUCCAGGUGCAGGUGGUAUCAAAAUAAAUAUAAAAAAUAGUUAAACUAUCAAAUUGACAGGAAUUUACAAUUUAUGAUGAUUUAUUUAAUUAAUUUAAAGCCUGAUUUAUGCAGCUGUAGCUUUGUAACUCCGUGUCAUGCAAUAACGUGUGUGGCAGUUUUAAAGUUCUCCGUCUCUGGAUUCUACUUUAUUCUGAACUAAUUUGACCCUCAACAAGCUUUUCUUUUUACAAUCAUCACCUCCAAAUCAAAGGGAAGAUGUACAAAUUCAUCUUUUACCAAUUUUGUGCUGUAAAGUUGAGGACUUUUUUGAUCCAUUUAUCAGUGUGCGCGCUGCAAAAACUAUUAUAAUAUGAUGGCAGACGAAGGACUGAAAGCAGAAAAGUGUCAAAUCACAGCCUUUUGUGUCUGAUUUAACAGGCGCACGUCAGGCUGCAGGUCCAAGU